AUGAAUAAUAAGGAUAACAAGAACCAGCAAACUGUAUCCGAACGAUAUAGAAAUGCUGUUGGAAAGUUCCAGAGUAUUUUUAAUGGAAGCUCUGGAUUUGGUGAGCGCAAGGACUCAUUGAAAUACCAGACAAAUAUAAGCGAUUUGAUUAAAGAGUUCACUUUGAUUCAUUUAAUUGUGAGCAGGUUAGAUUUGUUUAGCGAAAACGAAUCUCUUGACGAAAUAAAUGCUAGCUACAUACAAUUCAUAAACAUUGACUAUUAUUUGGGAUUGUUAUACUCGGAGUUUAUAUGGAAUCCAAAAACUGGACAAGUACCAGAAGCAUCAGAUCCAAUUGAAUUUAAGGAAGAGAAUAUCAGCAUCGCUAAAACCAAGCUUGUUCAUUACAUCGUACAAUUAGAUAACUAUGGAGAAAUUCUUUCUAAAACUCAGUCUUCGAGAGUGAAUUCCUUCAAAGAAUUAUAUAACCCUACAAACGAUGAAUUAAUUACCUAUAGUAAUCCGGCAUUGAAAAGAGCUGAUAAAAUUGAAAAUUAUAAGCUAGAGAAAGAAUUAAAAGAUAAAUUGCAAAUAUUAAAUGACUACUAUAACCAAAAUCCCGAAAAAGAUGAAGAACAAGAUGAUUCCAUAUUUCAAAGAUUUGAUGAAGAGGUGGUCAAAGCGAUUUAUGUUGAUCAACUAAGAUUGUUCAGUAUUAGCGCAUUUAAUAAUUUGGAGCUGUUAUCAAUGGAGUUGCAGGUUUUAUCUAACAGGCCAAGGCAGCGCAUAACAGAAAUAGAGGCCCCUAAGCCCAAAGAAGAGCCAUCGCUGUCGAAUGACUAUGGUUAUACCACAAAGUUAGAAUCAUUACCAUUCAAAAAUAAUAGCAAAAUCUCUGAUUUAAUUUCUAAACAAGGUAAAAUCUUGCAACCUUUCACAAUUACCUCCAAUAAACAAGAUCUCAAGCUGAAAGUAUUUGGUACAGGCCAAGUUCUUCCAUCCAUGUCCGUUGAAGAAUAUUUAGAUUAUGAGUUGGCGAACGGCAAGAUGGUGAAAGAAGAAGUUAAAGAUGAGAAGAAUGAUAGUGAUAGUGAUAAUUCCGACGAAGAAUUAGAAAAGAGACAAUGGGAUGACUGGAAGGAUGAUAAUCCAAAGGGUGGUGGUAAUAUGAAAGCAAAUUUAGGUUAA